AUGAGUUUGAUUCUGGUCAUUUUGAAAAUGAUGUUUCUUCCUUCAGAAAAUGACAGAAUGGAGUGAUUGUAUUUGUCUGAACUGUAUUUCAGGUGCACUGGAUCCUCUGAGCUGGACGUCUGAAGCGAUGAUCGCAAACAUAAUUGUGUUGCUGUAUUUGCCUGCGCUGUUGAUGGGCGCUGAUGUGGUCAAAUCAGAUUCUCCUCGUGUCAAAGAUUGCUCUGAUGUUUAUGCGAGGGGAUAUACUACCAGUGGUGUGUACACCAUCACCACAUUGGAUGGACCGGUGAAGGUCUACUGUGAGAUGGCAUCUGGUGGACUAAAUGAACAAGGAUACUGGACUGUGAUUCUCAGGCGACUGGAUGACGAGGUGAAUUUCUAUAGACCGUGGGACAGUUAUAAGUGGGGUUUUGGUAAUAAAGAAGGCGAAUACUGGCUGGGUUUAGAGUUUCUUCAUCAGCUGACGUGUAGGUAUCCAUAUAGACUCAGAGUAGAUGUGGAGGACUUUAAAGGGCAGAAGGCUUACGCUGUGUACAAGUCCUUCUCUGUGAGCGCUGAGGCUGAUGGGUACAGACUACAAGUGAGCGGCUUUGUAAAUAAAGGAGCAGGUGAUUCUUUGAGUUAUCACAAUUUAAUGAAGUUCACCACCUAUGACAAAGACCAAGAUAAUUCAGCUGAGAACUGUGCUAUAAAAUGUCAUGGAGGGUUUUGGUACAACAAUUGUUAUUUCACAAACCCCACUGGUCCCUAUUUGCGGGAGAAAGAAAGUGCAACAGUGGCUACUGGAAUCAACUGGUACUACUGGAAGAACAACUAUAAUUCUCUGAAGUCCAUCACCAUGAAGAUCAAACACGUGAAGUAAAGCAGGAGUUUCAGUCCUUUACAUAUGCUUUACAGCAGCUUACAUACAUGCAUAGAUGUGGAUAUUUCUUAAAAAAAAAGAGAUUAAACAAGUCCCUUGGUUUUUUAAAGAUUAAAAGUAUUUCACAAUAUCAAGAAAACUCAAAUAUGAAAUAGCUCCUUGUGUUGUAUGAAAAUAUAUAAAGAAAAAAUUGACAGGUUCCUGAAAAUCCCUUGUUCUCUUAACUAAAAAAAAAAAAAAACAUUUCUUCAUGCUUUUCUGCACUAGCAAAACCUCUGUGUCCCACUGCAGCAGCUGAAAUGACAUCUGU